GUAUACAUAUCAGAUUAUACUGUUACUUUUAGCUGUGUUUAAUGUAGUGUUAAGUGACAAGUCAUGUUACUGGAACUCAGAAUGUCCGUAUUUAAUGUACGCAACAAAGACACCGUAUGACUCUAUUCGGGGCGAUAUUAGAGACUUUCCCAGUAUACCGAAUUGCGAGGUGAGGAGCGUGUGGGCUCUGAUCCGCCAUGGAAACCGGAAUCCCAGCGGCACGGUCACCGGAGAGAUGAACGAGCUCCAAGCCAAGAUAAAACACGAGAUAAUUGCCAGCUACGAGGCGGGAAACAACUCCCUGUGCGCUCAGGACAUACAAGACUUAAGAGCGUGGACAUGGAACUCCACGAUGGAUGUGUCAGAGUCAUAUCUAACAGGGACUGGCUACGAGGAGAUCUACGAUAUGGCAAAGAGGAUCAGGGAAAAGUAUCCUCAUUUGCUAGCAGGAACUGAGGAGCACUUCUACUUUCGACCAACGUACAAACAGAGAACGGUAGCCAGUGCAAUGGCGUUCGUUCAUGGUCUGACCGAAGGAACAAACCUCAACCUGACUGCUGAUGAACCUCUGGAACGGGAUGAUAUGCUUCGACCUUAUGAUAACUGUGACCGCUAUCAAGAAGACGUGAAAGGAGGUCAACCCUUGGCGGAUGAGCUCGAAGCCUUCUGGAGAACUGAAGAAUAUGUAGCGAUGCAGCAAGGCGUGCAAAAGCGGUUGGGUAUCCCAACACAACUGACAGCGGCCGAGGUGUACACGCUGCAUGAACUGUGCCGGUUCUACCGCUCCUGGAGCCCGACCCUUAGGUCCCCGUGGUGUGCAGCCUUCACCAAUGAAGACCUCGUCGUCAUCGAGUAUAGAGACGACGUCAGGCAUUUCCAACGCAAUGGAUAUGCUUCCACGAUAAACGCCAAGCUCGGCCACUUUGUGUUACGAGAUAUGUACGAGAACUUCGCCGCAUCAGUACAGGGCGAGGGCAGGAACCUCGUGUCGUACUUCGCUCACGACACUCUCAUGGAGAUGACCUUCUGUGCGCUUGGUCUGUUCAGAGACCCUGAAGGUAUAGCGGCGGCAGUACGGAACCCCAACAGGCAGUGGCGGACCAGUUUAAUUGCUCCCUUCUCAACUAAUAUUAUGGCAGUUUUAAACAGAUGUGAGACUGCAAACGAUGUGUCACACCGUGUCCAGUUCUUCAUAAACGAGAAGUUGACGUCGCUGUGUCCUCUCGAGGGCUGCUCGUGGGAGCAAUUCUCCUCUAUUUUCACACCCUUCACUGACACCACCCUGGAGUUCUGCAGACGGGACUACAGACAACCAGACGAGCCUGUGACUGGCUCCUCAGUAGCUAUCAGCGGAAGUAUGAUAUUAUUCGCUGCUCUCACCAUAGUUAGAUACUUAAUGUAAAUGAUAAUAACUUAAAACUGAAUUGUAAUAUAUUUAUUGUAAAUAUAAUUUUAGAUUAAUAUAUUUUAUAUAUUUUA